UAUAACGAGUGGUGUAAACCAAAUCGUAUUCAACUGACAGCAUUUAUUAAAAAAAUUGGCGCAAUUCAGUACUUUUAAAUCCUUUGGUAUUUACAACUGUGAUUUUAUAUGUGCAAAUUGUUUCAAUAAUUUAAAUAAAAUGAGUAAACGAAACUCAAAUCUUUCACCUAAUUCAUCCCCUAAAAAAAUAAGACGAAGUGAUGCCUACAAUCGAUCACCUGUGCCAGCUUUAAAACCCGAAAAAGAUAAAUUUAUAUUUCAACAAAUUGAUGUCGAACAUUAUAAUUCACAAUAUUUACCAGGAAUGCCAGGACCACAAUCCGGUGGUGUUGCUGUUAUUCGUAUGUUUGGUAUUACUAUGGAUGGCCACAGUGUCUUGUGCCAUGUUCAUGGAUUUUUACAUUAUUUUUAUGUGGUUGUUCCAAAUGCAUUUGAUGAGACACAUAUUAAACCAUUUAAAGAAGCCUUGAAUACCGUAAUGAUGCAAGAUAUGAAGAAUAAUUCUGAUGGCGUUAAAGAAUGUGUUCAAGAUGUAAAGCUUGUAGAAAAAUUAAAUUUACAAGGCUAUGUGGGUGAUACUAAACAAAAAUUUGCUCAAAUUUUUGUCACUUUACCAAAAAUGGUAGCAGCUGGAGCUAGACUUUUACGUGAAGCCAAAGUUUAUGAUAAAUUUGGUUAUCAUGAUUAUCAACCUUUCGAAAGCAACGUAGAUUUUGAUAUUCGAUUUAUGGUCGAUAAACACGUUAAAGGUUGUUGUUGGAUUGAACUUCCUUCAGGUACAUGGCGACAUAGACCGUCACCAUUGUCACCAGGUGUUCAUAAAGAAUCUCGAUGUAAUUUUGAAGUAGAUGUAUCUUGUAAUGAUUUAAUUGCACACGCACCAGAAGGAGAAUGGUCAAAAGUAGCACCGUUUUAUUUUCUUAGUUUUGAUAUUGAGUGCGAUAAUCGAAAGGGAAUAUUCCCGGAACCGGAACAUGAUGCUGUCAUUCAAAUAGCAAAUGUUGUACAACGUCACGGUGAUGCACAGCCAAUUUAUUGUAAUGUUUAUACAUUGAAAUCAUGCGCACCUAUCGCGCAUGCGGAAGUUUUUAGUUUUGAAAAAGAAGGUGAUAUGUUAAAUGCAUGGGCUGAAUUCGUACGAAAAUUGGAUCCCGAUGUUGUAACUGGCUACAAUAUUAAUAAUUUCGAUUUACCUUAUUUAACAAACAGGGCCAAAACAUUAAAAUUGGAUAAAUUUCCUUUUUUAGGACGUUUGAAGAAUGUUGUAUCUGUUGUACGUGAAAAGGUAACUCAAUCUAAAUUAUUGGGACGUCGUGAAUAUAAGUAUGUAAAUAUGGAAGGAAGAUUACCAUACGAUAUGUUAAUUGUUGCUAGACGUAAUUGUCGAUUACGUUCAUAUACCCUAAACAAUGUUGCUCAAGAAUUAUUGGGACAACAAAAGGAAGAUGUACAUCACACACAAAUUUCUGAUUUGUUCAAUGGAGACGAACAAACUCGUCAUAGACUUGCGGUCUACUGUAUAAAAGAUGCUCAAUUACCGUUGCGUAUUCUAAAUCAUUUAAAUAGUUUUACAAACGAUAUGGAAUUAGCUCGAGUCUCUGGCGUUACAAUCAAUCUUUUGAUGACUCGUGGUGAACAAAUUAAGGUUGUUACACAGCUUUUGUCUCAGGCACAAGCUGCUGGUUAUUUAAUGCCUGUUUAUAAAGGUCAAGGAACAGAUGAUCAAUUUGAAGGUGCUACCGUCAUUGAACCUGUACGUGGCUACUAUACAGAUCCAAUUGCAACAUUAGAUUUUAAUUCACUGUAUCCAAGUAUUAUGAUGGCACAUAAUUUAUGUUAUACAACUUUAUUGCAUCCUAGUAAUAAGGAUAAGUUUGGAUUAACCGAAGAUCAAAUUACGAAAACACCUUCAAAUCAUUUUUUCGUAAAGCCAACUGUUCGACGUGGUUUAUUACCGUAUAUUUUAGAAAAUUUAUUAGCAGCACGUAAAAAAGCUAAAAAAGAAUUAGAAGCUGAAACGGAUCCAGUAAAAAAAUCUGUGUUAAAUGGUCGUCAAUUAGCUUUAAAAUUAUCUGCUAAUUCAGUAUAUGGUUUUACUGGAGCACAAAAUGGAAAAUUACCUUGUUUGGAAAUUUCAGGGAGUGUAACAGCAUUUGGACGUACUAUGAUAGAAAGAACACGACAAGAAGUUGAAGAAAAAUAUACAAUGGCUAAUGGAUAUGAACAUAAUGCACAAGUUAUUUACGGUGAUACAGAUUCCGUUAUGGUGAAAUUUGGUGUAAAAGAUUUAGAACGUUGUAUGGAAUUGGGUCGUGAAGCUGCUGCAUAUGUUAGUGCAAAAUUUAUCAAUCCAAUUCGAUUAGAAUUUGAAAAAGUCUAUUAUCCAUAUUUGUUAAUUAAUAAAAAACGUUAUGCUGGUUUAUAUUAUACAAAACCAGAUAAAUAUGAUAAAAUGGAUUGCAAAGGAAUUGAAACGGUCCGUCGUGAUAAUAGUCCAUUGGUAGCGAAUACAAUUAAUUUAUGUUUACAAAAAUUAUUAAUUCAAAAAGACCCUGAAGGAGCAAUUGAACAUACAAAACAAGUCAUAUCCGAUUUAUUGUGUAAUCGUAUUGACAUAUCUCAAUUAAUAAUAUCCAAAGAAUUAACUAAGAAUGAGUAUACAGCUAAACAAGCGCAUGUGGAAUUAGCUAAAAAAAUGAAACAACGUGAUGCUGGUACAGCACCACAACUAGGUGAUCGAGUACCAUUUGUUAUAAUAUCGGCAACAAAAAAUACACGUGCUUAUGAUAAAGCAGAAGAUCCAAUAUAUGUGUUAGAAAAUAAUAUUCCAAUCGAUGUUGAUUAUUAUUUACAAAAUCAAUUAGCAAAACCAUUAGUGCGUAUAUUUCAACCGGUGUUGGGUGAUAAGGCUGAAUCAAUUUUAUUACGUGGUGAACAUACACGUUCAAGAAACAAAGCCACAUCAAAAGUAGGUGCUCUUUUUUCAUUCACCAAAAAGCGAGAAGUUUGUUUGGGUUGUCGUACUGUUUUACCCGUAGAAUAUGAAACUGAAGCUUUAUGUCAACAUUGUCUACCAGAAAAACAUAUUUACCUUCAAAACGAAUUAUGUAAACAACGACAAUUAGAAGAAAAUUUUUCUCGAUUAUGGACAGAAUGUCAACGAUGUCAAGGUUCAUUACAUGAAGAAGUAUUAUGCUCAAGUAGGGAUUGUCCAAUAUUUUAUAUGCGUAAAAAAGUAUCAAUUGAUUUACAAUCGUCUGCUAAACGUAUUGAACGAUUUGGAGAUCCAUCUUGGUAAAAAACUAAAAAAGAGUGCAUGUCCACUGUAGCGUAUCGUUGAAAUCGCAGGGGCGUGCUAUAAAUCACCGACGGAGGAUCCAUUUCAGCGAUUACAGUAAAAAAAAAAACCCAUUUCAAAAAUUGCGGAAGCGUAUCGUCGUCACAUUUAGGAUUUUUUAAAGAAUGUAUCUUAAAAAAAAUUUUGCCUGUUACUUUUUGAAUAAAUUGGCCUUUGAAUUUUCUCUAUUACCCAG